GCGGCGGCAGCCAAUGGGCGCGGAGGACGCCGGGGGGGACACGGCCAAGGUGACGCUGCCCACAGAGCCGCCGCCGCCGCCGGCCCGAGCGGACCCCGCGCAGAUCCAGCACCAUGCAGGCUCCCGUGGCUCUCCUCGGCUCCCCAGCGCUGUUCCGCUGCUGCUCCAGGGCUCUGGCCAGGCCCGUGUCCGUGGCUGUGUUCAGCAGGCCUGAGGAGAGCGCGCAGGUGUCGCUGGCCGCGCCGCAGCCCCGGCGGCAGUUCCGCAGCUCGCCGCUCUCCCGGGACAUCGACACGGCCGCCAAGUUCAUCGGGGCCGGCGCCGCCACCGUGGGCGUGGCGGGCUCGGGGGCGGGGAUCGGCACCGUGUUCGGGAGCCUCAUCAUCGGAUACGCCAGGAACCCGUCCCUGAAGCAGCAGCUCUUCUCCCCCAUUCCCAUUUCCCCAUUUCCCCAUUCCCAUUCCCAUUUUUCUCACUCUAUUCCCAUUCCCAGGAACCCGUCCCUGAAGCAGCAGCUCUUCUCCCCCAUUCCCAUUUCCCCAUUUUCCCAUUUUUCUCACUCUAUUCCCACUCCAGGAACCCGUCCCUGAAGCAGCAGCUCUUCU